AUGUGUUAUGGAGAUUCUCACGUUCAGAUACAAGUCCUUAAGUUAAAGAACAUAUAUGGAACAUCGAAGAACAAAGUGGCAGUGAACCUACAAUGCAGCAAGAGUUCCAGCAUAAUGGAGUCUAGGAUGUUCCUUCCACUGCAGUGUGUGAGAAUGUUGACAGUUCUGCUCAUGGUAAGAUGGUUCCCUAACAUUGUAUGGAUUGAUUGGACG